GGUUUUGCGGGUUGUUCAAUGGGUCGGUUUUGAUCCGGAGGCGUUUCUCUCUCCUCCCCUCGAUCACCACCGGAACCUCCCGGCGAUCUCGUCUCUGUCCCGCUCUCUUCCAGCGCAAGCGAUCGAUCCUCUAUCGUCGACGUUCGUCCAUGAUCGAAGAAUUGUUUGUAGGAUGGACAAGGUGGUGGAGGCUGUUGAGGGAGUGAAGAAGGAAUGGGGCGAGGCGUAUGGCAAAACCCAAGAGCAUGUGAAGGCGAUUGAGGAGUAUGGAAAGUCGAGGGAGGAGAAGAAUUCGCUCCCGAGGUUGAACGGCCUGGCGCAGGACGGGUUGGCUCUGUUGAAUUCGCUGCAGUUCAAGCUCGAUCUUCUAGCCCCGCAGCUGCCCGCCAUUGAUUCGGUCGAAUCUGCCAAGUCGAUGCUCGAGUCGUGGAAGACCCAGAGCCAAAACUUGCGAAUGAGGUUGAGGAAUGCUAAUUUGCAAGCAAGGGCUAAUCUGAAAAAGGCUGCGCAAGCAGAGAGAGAACUGCUUCUUGGCGGCGGAGAAGAAUCAACAAUUCGGAGACGCAAUUUACAGACAAAGGCUGGAAUGACAUCUGCUGCAGAAAGUAUCACAGACAGCCUUCGCCGCACUCGUCAACUGAUGGUCCAGGAGGUGGAACGAAGUGCAAGCACACUCAUGACUGUUGAUGAAUCGACUGGAGUCCUAAGGAAGGCUGAAAGUGAGUACAAGGGCCACCGUUCAUUGUUGAUGCGCACCCGAGGCCUACUUUCUACAAUGCGACGUCAAGAUGUGAUUGACAGGAUAAUAAUUGCUGUUGGAUUUAUCUUGUUCUCGUGUGCUGUUCUAUAUGUCGUUUCGAAACGCAUUGGGCUACUGAAAUUGCAGAGGAAGGUCACAGCUGCUCUGAAGGCUGGUAUGGCAGGACAAGCAGAGAUGGGACUUAGAGGCAACCAAGAGGGCAUCAAUAUCCCCCAUAUCGUUGAUAAUGUAAUUCCCAAUUUGAAUCCUCCGUUGGAUAGACCUAUGCACGACGAACUUUGAGUUUCUCUCUCGGUGCUUUCUAGAGUACAAUUUGUCAACUGGGUUCUUCUAACUUGGGGAAAAUUCGCUUUCAUGGAUAAGGAAGAUGGAGUGACAUACCAAACUUUCUGUCACAAUUGUUAUGCUUAGGUUUAGGGACUGACUUUGUUGUGUCUUAGUUACAGCGUACAUUGUGCCUCACCCCUAGCCCGCAUUUUAGGUUUCUCACUCAAUGUGGAUUAACUUUGCAAAGUUUGCCCCUCUUUUGGCCCAA